AUGUCUAGGGAUUUUGGUUGUAUCAAAGAUUUGAAAAAGGAUCUAGAUGUUUGGAAAAUUGCAUUUAGAGUUCUUGACUUAUGGAUUGUCACUGCCAGUAAUGGUAAUCAACACUUGGAGCUAAUCAUCGAAGAUGCCAAGGGUGAUAGGGUUCAUGUUGUAACUCGGUAUCAAGACCUUGAGCGUUGGAAGCGAGUGAUUGAGGAUGGCAAGACCUAUGUUUUGCAUAAUUGUCUUGUGUUCGAUAAUGAUGAUGCGUUCAAAUUUAAGUCCUUUAAGGAGAUCCAAGACGGGAAUUUCAAACCAGAUGUUUUGUAUGAUAACGGUAAGUCGAAUGUGUGCAAUAACUGGUCUGGCUCAAGGUUGUUAAUCAAAUUCAAACAUCCAGUUGUUGAGAGAUUUAGGAGCAGUCUUCAUGCUCAAGGUCGUGGCCUUGGUCGGACUCUUUGUGAAGGUUCGAAUUCUUCUCAGAGAUCACAGAAUAAUGAAUUUUCAAAUCUUUCUCAAGUGAGAGCAAUUGGUGAAUUUAGGAAUUUGAUUCAGAACACCUAUUGCAUCACUGUUGGCACAACAAGCAAGUUUAAUCCUAAUCGAUUUGGCUGGUACUAUGAAAGCUGCACCAAAUGCCCAAAAGCUUCAAGGUCAGGUGGUGCUAGCUAUAAGUGUUCAUGUGGAGAGGAUGUCGAAGAUCCGUUGACAAGGUAUAAGGUGGUUGUUCAAGUUGUAUAUGAGGGUGAUAAGUCGGAGUUUGUGUUCUGGGAUAAGGAAUGUGUUCAGAUUCUUGGUGUCACUGCAGAUACUCUUAGAAAAACCAUACAGGAGGUUGAUGAGGAUGAUCCCAUGAUAUAUCCCACGCAUUUAGAUAAAUUGCUUGGACUUGAGUUGGCAUUACGUGUGAAAUACCAGGCGUAUUAUCAUCAAUCAUCUGUGCAAGGUUUUUCCUCUGAUGCUGCUGUUAUUGAGAGAAUUAAGCGUCAUCUUCGUCCUGAUGGAAUGCAGUCAGAUGUGCAAGAAGUUGAUGAGACUGUUGUCAACAAUGAUCCAACUCAGUUAUUUGAACUUCGAAGUACAAGUUCUUCUGUUGAAUGCUCAAAAGUCAUUCCAACUCAUGUGAACAUUGUCGGCAAUAAUCCAACACAAUCAGUGAAAGUUGAGCAGAAGACCUCUUAUGGUAAAGGCUUGAAAUCAGUUCCAGUUUCUAUGCAUUGUUUCUGAUGAUCCAACUCUGUCCGUGAAAGUUGAGGACAUGACCUCUUCUGCUGAGGGCGUGAAAUCAAUUCCCAUUUCUAUGCAAAAGUCUGUUUCUGUGUGCAAUCAAGGUGGUUUAAAUCAAAUUGGGAACUGCACUCCUUCAAAGCGUUCGUUUGAUGAAAAAUGUAAAGGCGGAGUUGUAUCUGAUGGCUGUGAUCCAACAUCAUUAUCUUCCAUUAAGCAGGCUAAAUGUAUUAGGAAGAAGUAAUCAGUUCCAUCUUUGUUUAGCUUUUUGAGGAAAUGCCGUUCUAAUGUGCGAAGUUAUUUGAUCUAUGCUCUAUAAUAGUGGUUUUAAGCUACGUGGAAUGGCUUUGGAUUAUGCAACAUAUGUGGCUUAUUUUGGUUAAUUGUAAUAUAUUAAGUCUAACAAUGUAACUUGCCACAAUUAACUUUAUGUAAUUAAAUAAGUUGCAUGUAAUUAACAUAAUAUGUUUCUACA